ACCAACCCUAGCCGCCAGGAGUCCAGGACGCCGCCGAGCCCAUCCACCAUCCCAGUCACCGCCCGUCCACCGCCGCUUUCGUCCUCCCCCACCGCCGUUCCAAGCCGCCGCCUCCUCCUCCGCGACCACCUCCUCCUCUCCAUCUAGCCCUAGCGCCGCCAGCCAGCCCGCUCGCUCGCCUGCCACUCCCGUCAGCCGCUGCGAGGAGGAGACCAUGAAGCUCGACGUGAACGCCCUCCGCUACCUCUCCAAGGAUGACUUCCGCGUCCUCACCGCCUGCGAGAUGGGCAUGCGCAACCACGAGAUCGUGCCCGCGGAGCUCGUCGACCGCAUCGCCGGAUUGAAGCAUGGAGGCACAUAUAAAGUGCUGCGGAAUCUGUUGAAGAACAAACUGGUGCACCAUGAUUGUAAAAAAUAUGAUGGGUUUCGGCUCACAUACCUUGGGUAUGACUUCCUCGCCAUAAAAACUUUGGUUAAUCGUGGAGUCUUUGCUUCGGUUGGUCGCCAAAUCGGUGUUGGAAAAGAGUCAGAUAUAUUUGAGGUUGCCACGGAGGAUGGAACAGUGUUGGCCAUGAAGCUUCAUAGGUUGGGUAGGACAUCUUUUAGGGCUGUCAAAUCAAAGCGUGACUAUUUAGCUCACCGGAGGAGCUUUAACUGGCUGUACCUAUCACGACUUGCGGCCUUAAAGGAAUUUGCUUUUAUGAAGGCUUUAGGAGACCAUGGAUUCCCUGUUCCCACAGCGGUGGACUGCAAUCGGCACUGUGUGAUCAUGUCACUUGUGCCGGGAUAUCCACUUGUUCAGAUAAGAGAAUUGCAAAAUCCAGAUGAUGUUUUUGACAAAAUUCUUGGUCUUGUAAUUCGUUUGGCGGAGCAUGGGCUGAUACAUUGUGAUUUUAAUGAAUUCAAUAUCAUGAUUGACGAUGAUGAAACUGUUACGAUGAUCGACUUCCCACAGAUGGUAUCUGUUUCGCACCGGAAUGCCCAGAUGUAUUUUGAUCGAGAUAUUGGGUGUAUCUACAAGUUCUUCAACAAAAGGUUCAAUCUUACAGAGAAAGGUGGACAAGAUGGUUCUGAAACUGAUGAUGAUGACAGUGGCAGGCCGUCCUUUCUGUCCAUUCAAAAGUCUUCUGGUGCCUUGGACAAAGAACUAGCUGCCAGUGGCUUCACCAAAAAAGAGCAAGUUGAGAUAGAAAAGUUCAUUGAUGAGAAUGCUGAAGAACACGAUUCCGGCUCAGAUGAUGAGGAUUCAACAUCAGAACAGGAUAGUGAAGGUGGCGAUGCCGUGUCUGCUGAAAUCAGUUCCUUGAAAAUAGUAGACCAGGACCCUGCAGGUGUGCCUGAUCUUGUUGUGAUGGAUUCAGAUAAACAUGAAACUUUAUCUAAAGAGCAUGCAACAAGCACAAGUCCCAGUGGCGAGAACAAAUCGACAGAUCCAGCCGACGAUGGCAUCGUGGACCCUAAGGGAGCCGAAUCAGGAGGCGACGACGACGAUGACUCGUCUGAGGAUACCGAGGAUGAAGAUGACGCAUUGCUGACAAAGCAGCUGAACAAGCAAAGGAAAAGGGCGAUGGCAGCCGCCCUCGGGCGUAGAAGGCCCCUCAACUCGAGGAACGCUUACAAGGAUAAGGGCAAGGGCACCAUGAACUCCAAGAUCCAGAGGCAAGCCUGCCAAUGGUGAAAGGUUGGUUGGUCCUGCUUGUUUCUGGUUGGAGAUCUCAAGAAGGUUUGGUGCGGUCUUGAGUGCGCCGAGCGGACUCGCUAGUCGUACGAGUAUAUUUCCGUUGUCAGUUUUGGUUGUUGUACUGGUGCUUCUCCAGGGUUUUACCCGCUGAGCUGUAGUAAAAAAAAUGUGAUACUGGUAUCUUGUACUAUUAUCAGCUAUAAGUACUAUACACUUGUUGCUCUUUGGCAGUUUACUAAAGCAAAACCAAGCCUAUAUCA